AUGCACGAUGGUGGCUCCGACCCUAUGGAACAUGUUGCCGCAUUCCGAGCUCAGAUGGCCCUCUAUGGCACCUCCGAUGCCCUGAUGUGUCGGGCAUUCCCGACCACCAUCAGGGGACCGACACGUACAUGGUUCAACCGAUUGCACCCAUUCUUGGUCUUGUCCUUUGAUCAGCUGGUUCCAUCGCAACUACGGUCUAACAUAAAGGACUGUCGUGACCUCCAAAAUCAAAUCGAGGAACUAAUCCGAAGAGGUCACAUCGGGCACUACCUCAAGGAACCAGGAGAAGCAACUCCGUGCCCCAGGGGACCUGUCGAGAUGCAGAUCGACGUCAUUACCGAUGAACCUGCUGCCGCCGAUAGCAGCUCGAUGGCAAGGAAGGGAUAUGCCCACAGCACGGUGGAAAAGCGACCUCGACCCGAGCUCGAUCCCGAAAUCACUUUCAGAACCGAGGAGGUUGAGCGCUACCACCACGAUGACGCUUUGGUAAUCUCCGUCUGGAUCGCCAACGCUCGGGUCAAAAGAGUAAUGGUCGACACCGGGAGCUCUACUGACAUGCUCUACCUCGACGCCUUCAAGAAGCUCGGCUUAACCAAUGAGGACCUCACCCCAAUGAACUCAGUACUCACCGGAUUCACUGGAGAUUCCAUCUCCCCGCUCGAAACCACCUCCCUCCUUGUCACCAUCGGGGAAGAGCCAAGAACCAAGACGACAACAAAUACCUUCAUGGUAGUUGACCUGCCUUUGUCCUACAGCGCCAUCCUCGGCCACCCGAUGCUCAACAAACUAAAAGCGAUGGUCUCUACCUACCAUCGAGCGAUUAAAUUUCUGACCUCAACGGGGGUCGAGGAAUCUCGAAGCUGUUGA